GUCGGCUUUAACUUUGUCAAGUUCUUACAGUGCAGUCACACCGUCGCACACUCCUGUCUGUAGCUCCAGGGACUUACAUCUCUCCCAAUGGAUUUCUAUUACUUUAGACUGCCUUUGCUAUUUUUGGCCGCUCUUGGAUGCUGUUCUGAGGGCAGCCCACUUUUAAACGAAAAAACAAACGGUGUCAUAGGUAAAAAUGUGACCUUCAAAACGACAAUCACCGCGAAGGAGGAUUUUAUUACCGUCAUAUGGAAUUUCAAUAAAGGUAAAGAUACCUUUCCUAUUAUCACGAGCCUUCCCUUGGAGAACACCGAAAGCGUGGAUGACAAAUACGUAGGAAGAGUCAAAUAUAAUAAGACGACGUGCGAGCUUCAGCUCAUCUCGUUGGUGGAGGAGGAUGAAGGGGAAUAUGGUCUCGCAAUAGUGACCCGACUUGGAAAGCAAAUAGCAGGAAAAGUCCUUCUUGAGGUUCUUGAGCCCGUGUCUGACGUCAAGAUUCUGUCCAGUCUCCCUGAAGCAGUAGAGUUCAAUAGCACAGUGGUUUUGACCUGCUCCGCCAAAGGCUCCUUUACAUAUAAGUGGAUAAAUGGUUCGGUUCCAGUAGUGCCGGAAGGUGCACACAUAAAGCUGAACCCAAAUGGCAAUGAGCUAACAAUUAGUCAAGUUCUCCGUACAGAUCUGCGUGGACCCAUCUACUGCAUCGCAGAGAACGCACUGGAGUCAGGGAAGAGUGCUCCAUUUAAUCUUACUGUGAGCUAUGGCCCAGAAAGCAUUGUCAUGAAGCGGAUUCCAGCCGAACCCUUCCUUAAGAAAGGCUCAAACUUAACAUUCACUUGUUCAGCUAACUCAGAUCCUCCUGCUCAACUUCUUUGGAUGUUUAAUGGGGAGGAGCUGCAAUCCCCGAUGGCCACCAUGACCAUCACCAAUGCAGAGGAAAAACACAGUGGCAACUACAGCUGUGUGGCUUACAACACUAAGACCAAUGGCAAAGUUGACUCACAGGUUGCUGUGGUAUCUAUUCUGGAGCCCUUAAGUGGAACAAAUAUCACCAGCCCUGGCUCUCUUCUCAUUGCUGGCAAUAGCACGGUCAACCUCACCUGCGCAGCAGCGGCUGGCAAAGCUGAAACUGUGGAAUGGUUGAAGGAUGGCAAACCUCUCACUCCUGGCGAGCGUGUCAUUCUCUCAGCGGACAAGAGGACUGUGACCAUUGUUAAAGUUGUUAAAGAGGACGCCGGCGAGUACAAGUGCCAACUGAAAAACCAAGUGAACAAAGAUGAAGCCACCUAUAAGAUGGUGAUCAAUUAUGGUCCAGAGAAUGUGAAGGUGAACGGAAAGAAUGCAGUGAAGUUUGAUGAGGCCAUAGAUAUAUCCUGCUCUGCAGACUCUGUUCCCGCCAGCAUCUACACAUGGAAACUCAACGAAACGAUGAUGGACUUCAGCCUGGCAAGCUUGCACAUCGAAAAGGCCAGUCUCAAAGACAGUGGGACGUACACAUGUGAGGCUCGCAACCCCUUAACUGGAAUGACGAUGAAAAUGACGCACAAACUCGCAGUGACAGAGCUUGGUCAGGUAGACAAUAGCCUUUCUGGGGGAGCUAUUGCUGGAAUUAUAAUUGGUGUGAUCGUGGCUAUAAUCAUCAUCACUUGUAUCGUAAUCCGCAAGAGAAAAACUCCAGACAUUCCAUCGCCAUAUUAGAGCAAGACCUUACGAUGAGGUGAACUGAAUCUUCAAGACCAACUCUUCAGUAACUUAUCAGUCUUUUAAUCUGCAAAAGCCUUCUAACAAGGCAACUGGAAAAACUGCCCUCACAUGUGAAAUACAACUGCAGUGUUGGCUGUUUUAACAGCUUAACCAAAGUCCAGAAAGCCUGUAUGUAUAUAUCCAUCCCUCUCCAUUGUUUCUCUUUUGUGUACCCAAUUACCCUGUGAAAACGGACCCUGAUCUUAAGGACAUGAUAUGGGAUGGCGGGUAAGAAGCGAGACUGUUUACCUCAAAGCUUUAUUCCCGCCUUUAUCUGCAUUUGGACCCCAUCACUUCCUUCCCUUGGCUGAAGUGGACAGCUUUCUUUGUUCCUCAAGAAACAUGAUACAGCUUCCAUCACCUCCUCAAUCUUUCACCCAACCCUCAAACAAUGGACCGUCACGGUUUGACAUCUCAGAAGUCCAUCUGAAAGAGCUCUACACUGGGUGAUGAAAUGCACUUUCAAAUGCACUGAGGGGUGAUGAGACUUCAUGACUGAGAUCUCAACGCACCCACUAGGCACUGAAACAUCAAGAUUUUAAGACCUGUUCAACAUGCUUGGACGUCCCAAGGCAAUGAAGAACAGGACUGACUAACUUGAAGCCAAAGGCACCUCAGAAUUGUGACGGAAAUCAUUCCAACAUAAUACAUGCCUUACAGCACAAAAAACAUGCGCUUCAAGCUUCUUACCACCUUUGCCGGUUUGACCAUUCUUUACUUUUCAUACUUUUUUUUUUAAUCUUCAAAAUCACAUCAUUUGAUUUGUGUUUCAGAGUGAGCCUUACACAUUGAAUUUUGAGAUUAAAGCAAGCUCCAACAUGCACAAACUGAAAACCGGGGGGGAAAAAAUGCAUUUCUGCGGACAGCGACAUACCACAGUUUUGCAGCGAAAUUGCUACUCUGUCCUUGGGCGUCCCACAAAGAUUCAUUCUGCUGUAAUCAGAAUUCCAACAGAUUUAAAGUCUAAAACAGGCCCAUUUUAAAAAUCACCUUGACUUGGGCUGACACACAAAAAUGUCUGAAGUUUAAAACUGAACACACUGAGUAUUUGUUGAAAGUGAGACAUUUCUUUUUUCUUAUCAAGCGAUAUCUGAUCCUGAUUCUUUCUUUUUUUUUCAGAUUUUUUGUUUUGUUUUGUUUUUUUGACUGUAGAUCUUUGACCCUAUAUGGAUACACAAAGCUUAAGCAGUGAUUUUAAAGAUCUUGUGAUUAUCUGUUUGAUAUUGCUUGGAUCUUUACAUGCACUUGUAUCUAGCUUGAGAUGUAUCUAUUUUACUGAAACUGUAAGGAUCUGAGCUUGUCUUUGUUUGUCUUUAGUUGUACGUAAGGGUCAGACAUGGCCUUCAUAGCAUAUUACAUAUACAUAUAGCAUAUACAGUGGCCCCAAAAUGUAUUUGGAGACUGAAGCCAUGCUUAAAAAUGUAUGAAGGUCUUUGCAUUAUCUAACAUAUUAUCAAAUCAAGUGGCAUUUAUUUUAAAGAAAUAAAGCAAACUUUUCAAGCAAAACAUUUCACAAAAAUACGUUUAUUAGGUUUCAAAUAAUAAAUACUUUGGACACUUUCUGGUUGUUAAAUUCAAAUCACCUUCAGACCAGUUGGUUAAAAUUAAAUGCAAAAAUGACUCAAAUUAAAAAGUAUGAAUUAAGUGUCCCAAGUUGUCCAAAUACUUUUUGGGGCCACUGUAUAGUAUGUACAUCCAAAUUCAUAGCAAAAACACUAACACAGUUAUUACAUAUUUGUAUUUUCUCUUAGCAGUAAACACACAAAGGCAUAAAAUGCUGAGAUUUAUAACCAUGUGCAAACCUGUUGACAGUUUAUCCCCGGCAGUCUGUGCAUGUUUUAGCGGUCUGGGCUGUUGGCGUGAAGAAAGCAGUAAUCAUAAGAGUCUGACUAAGAUACACUGAAUUAGCAGUUAGUUUGCAUUGCGCCACAUUGUUGAGACAGACGUCCUUGGGUUGACCAUACGGAAUGUGAUAAUUUAACAGGGAUUAGAUGGGAAAUUAUUAGGUGUUGUAUUAAUUGUAAAAUAUGUAUUGAUAGAAUUUUGAAAUUCAAGUGGUUACUGAAAUGCAAUUGGGUUUUAGAAGGAAUCUUGUUGCUGUGCACAACAAAUUUUGUUCAGUGCUUGAAAGUAAUUUAAAUUAAAAGUCACCAAAAUGGACUCUAUAGCGCACUGAACAUUUGUGGGUAAAGUACAGUACUGUUUUUACAGUAUAUGCACAAAGUGGUGUAUUCCGAACAACAUCCGUCAUUUGUGAAAUGUUCCUAGGUUGUUUACAGGGUGUUUAUAUUAUCUCAAAAUUAACAGUGCAGCCAUGUUUUAUAGUCUCAAUGUUGCUUUUAUUGUAAUUUAUUUUCAAAUGUUUUGCCUUUAUGUAACUGUUAUCUGUUAUAUGUUAAACAUUGAACCACCCCACUUUUUUGUAUUAUUCUUUGACAAGAUAAAGGAUUGCUUUAAGACAUACGGUACAUUGACAAGUUUGUAAAUUUUGUAUGGAAGAGGAUGGAUUAAAUUACAUUUUAAAUAAUUUAA